UACAGAACAUAAUCGCCAUGUCUGGGACACCGACGCCGAACGACUCUCCCGUUGCCACUCCUAUCCAACCCCUGCACAAUCCUUCGCAAGCAGCGCAAGUUGUCGUACCCCAAGCCCCACUUGGCAACGUUGCAAACCAUGGCCCGGGAAUGGGUGCUAAAGCUCUUCUUGCAAAGAAACUGGCAAAAACACAUAAUCCAGCCUUUAUCUCCCCAACCGAUAACCUCUUAACGCCUUGUACACAAAAGUUGACCGCCGCCAAGAAGAAACACUUCACAAAGGGUGCGAAGCCUGUGCAGCUAUUCGCUCAACGAGAAAGUGGCGAGUCUAGCGGCGAAGAACAAGGUACCGAGCAUUCAGACAAACAAAAAGAGGUGGACGACGAAAAUCCGUUCUAAGGCGGCAGAUCUAGACCAGCUCUUGGACAGGAUCCAUACGCUGCUGCUGCUGCUCUUCAUGACACGCCAUAUCAUGUAACCCGCAUUUCAUUCAAUCGCUCUCUUGCCUUUUGUAUACCGCUCUGUUGUAAACUUGUAAUUGUGUUUCCCACGUGUGCUUACCUUGCGUCAAUGAACAAUCUACACCUGAUUUUUGAG